AUGGCAACUUACCUCGAGAGAUGUCGCUCGUGGUUCUCUAGAAUGAGCAACACUUGGAUAGGAGCAAUAACUCUGUUGGGGACGCGUGUCAGUCAGUCAGUCUGUCACGUCUUCGGGUUCGGCGAAAGCGGCGCUUCUUCUUCUUCUUCGUAUCCUCUUUCGACGCGGCGCCGCUCGAAAUUUGUUUUGUCCCCUGCCCUUUCUCUGGUCAACGACUCGACGCCGCUUACUCAUUUAGCUUCUUCUUCUUCUGCUUCUGCUUCACUUGAAUCCCAACUCGAAUUUCGGCCUUUCAUUGUCCUCGAUCGUGACCUCUACUUGCUUUUCAAAACCUUCUUUCCCUUUUUUGAACUUUCAAAUUUGCAUUUGGAGGCUUGACUGUGUGUUGUAUAUCCUCGACAUCUUUCGAACCGAGAUGAUUUUUUUCUCCUCAAAAGGAAAUUAUUGGGUAUUUUGAAAUUUCUCUUCAUCUCGCUUAAGAUCAUUGACUUUAUAGAUAAAGUUUCCUUGAAGCAGUUACUUUCUCACAUUUCUUCAAAAUAAAAAAGGCAGGUAGCGGCUAUUAAGAUCUUUUUACACACUUCAACGAGUUAUUGAGCGAAUUAAGAUGCUAAAUGUGAAUUUUUACACUAAAACUUAGUAUAAAUGGUACAGAAAAAGUUUGCGACUUAUCAGUUACACCUCUCUAAUUUUUGAAGAUGCAUCCUGUUGGCCGUCGUAUAAAUUAUCAUCGAGAAGUUUUCGUUUUAUUCAUGUUUUUUACGAGCGAAAUUCACAACUUCUCUGCCUAAGCCACAGCUCCUGACACAGUUAAAUCAAUGAAAGUCGAUUGCACAUUUAUUCUUACAUUGAAGAUGCAAUAAACAGUUUUUUUUUUUCAUUUUUUGAAUCUAUUGAAAUAGGAUUAUAAUUUUUUUUUUUAGUGUUUCAGUUCGAUCAUAAAAAUAACUUUUUCAGGUUUUUAAUAACCCUAUAACUAGUUUCAUCAGAGAUUAUAAGCCUUCAUCUUACGAAAAAGUCCUUCCUUCCUAGUCAUCUCAUUUAUUUCAUUUUUCUAAUCGUAUCAGUUAUCUUAUUUCGAUGCUUACGUUUUUGGGAAACUCAAAAACUUCUGUUUUCUAUAAAACCGCUGAACUUCUCGUUGAAAGUUUUUUUCUGUUCUGGAAGUUAAACUGGAUUUGCGAGUUUUUUUUUGAGGUCUUUGGAAAGUGAGUGCAUUCGUCCUAAUGAAGUCGCUCUUCGGAAAGCCGAUGAAAUAUAAAGAUACACGGAUAAUCCUUGUUUUCUAUGCCACAAAUGGAGGAAAAAUCUUUUUUAGCUUGCUUUGGAGAAGCUUUUGAGAGAUUAAGCUUAGAAUUUGUAUUCGUUUGAUAUGUUCUGAAAAUUUUUUUGACCAAAUUUGUUUUUUUGAAAAAUUUGGAUGAAAAAAAGCCACUGAAGCAUCAAAAUAUUAAAAAAACUCGAAGUUCAGAAAUAUAAGUACGGAAGUUUGAGUCCGGAAAAAAAUAUUCGAUUGAUCCAGUAAAAAAAGUAAUUUGAAAACUUUUUUUGAGAAACUUAUAAGAUCGUAAACUUUUUCAAACGUUUUGAGUCUAUUCCUCUCUCGUUUUUUUCUUUAAUUUUUUUCGAAUCACUUUCAUCUUGUAAAUAAAAAAAUAAACAAGUAUUGAAAAAGUUUCAUCCCAUAUUUUUGAGUUGUAUCUCGUGUUUUCAGGUUUUUGUGUAUAAAACUUGUUUUACUCAUAAAUUUGACCGAUUAUUUUCGCACACCUCUUCUAGUUGUUACAUGCGCUAUAUUUUCUACAUUUUCGACGGUUUGCUGAAACCUAAAAGUUUGUCACGUCCUCAAAUCUUUUGAAGUAUUGCGUCCAGUUGCAAAAAGGGUUUUUCGGUCCAUUAGAACGAGGAGAACUUUUGCAAGACUUGCUUCGGUAGUGACCGGCUGGAGGACGACCGGAGGGACUUCCAGAGGCGGCUGGGACCUCUCAAUCGAUGUAUCCCGUCGCCACAGGCGCUCACCGGAGACUCACGCUCACACGUCUAAUAUCCUAUCUGCUAUCCGUUGUUCCGCUCACACAACACACCACCUCCAUCCACUGGCUUCCAACGCCUUUUUCUCCUCCAGUAAUCUUUGUUUUUUUUUCUCCUUUGAAACUAGGCGCCAGGUGCCACAUACAGGUUUGCUUUUGUGCGGAACCUUCAGCCCUUGAACCCUCAUCGUCUUACCCUCCUCUCCGAAAUUGUCUUGUGUACUUGGUAAAUGAAGUACAUGAAGAAGCUGUCCUAAAAUAAUGAACAAGUCGUUCAGGAUUCUCACUAUCGUCUUUGAAUGGAGACACUAGAAAAGCUUAUCUUUGCACAUACCUGAGUGUUAGAUCACUUUAGUGAGAGAUUUCUGAUCAGAGAAUAAACAAAAAGAACAAAAUCUACAGCUGAAAAAAUUCUUAAGAUUAUCUAAAAAUACUAGUAGUUAGUAGAUCAGUAUCAUUAUAACUAAAAGUUUCUGAACGCGUUACGUAGAAUAUAGCUCCUUUGAAUUAUUUUUUUAUUAAAAAGGCUGGUUUGUUUUUAACUUGAAGAAUCCAUGUACUUCCGUGUGUAAAAAAAUUUCCACCUUUUUUUAGAUUAGGGGGAAGUCAAAAACGUCACGGUUUUUCAUUUUCAUAGAGUUUACUUGAAAAAAAUCCACAAAUUUUUUUCACAUCUGCAGGUUCGAAUUUUUUUUUCUUGCAAGUAUCUCAAAUUUCAUGAUGAGUUAAGUUUUAAAAAGUAAAGUUUUUAAUACUAAUGUCCAGAACUUUUCUGUAAGAUGUUUUCUAAUUUAUCAUUAUAUUUUUUCCUUCCUCUUUCGCCUAUAACCGUUGUUACCAUUCAGUGAUUCAAAUUGAGUUAAUUCUAAUUGGAAAGAAAUGUUUAACAACUUUUUCCAUCAGUUGAGAAAUUUAUUAAUCAUCCUUUAGUAAUUGUUUACUUGGUUUGAUAUGAAAGCAGUUUUUCUAUGUGAAAUUUCUCAUAUCUUUUUCUGCUCUUUGAACUUUCAGAGUUCUUUUCCAGAGUCUCUACAUACUUAUUUCCAAGGCCAUGACUUUUUUUCGGAUUAAAACCUCUCCAAAAAGACAUUUUAAGCUUUGAAACUUGGGUAAUAAUGCUCCUAGAAAAUCAAACUUACCAGUUUUAAGUUUUUAAAUUAUUACUAAAAAGAGAAGUUGAGCUGUCUAUCCAUUUCUUUUUUUGUAAAGUGCCGAAAAAAACGGAAAUGAAGCCACCGUGUAAUAUUGCGAACAAUUUUUCGUCGAGUCCUCAUUAAUUAAUAAAUUGUUUUGUCUAUUCCCUUUGUUGGUUUUUUUCUCAUGGCGCCGAGCGCUCAGUUUCACGUCAUUUUUCCAAAUGGAAAGUGUGAACUGAAAAAAAGGAUACUUUUUAUUGGUACUUAGAACAAUUAUUUUUUUGACAAACUUUUCAAGCAAGGUAAAAUGAUAUAUAGAAAUACAUGAUAAGAAACUUGGGAUAAUACAAAAUCACGAAUCCUCUAAGUGUCUGUUUUACUCUGUUUUGAUGAGGAAAGAAAAUGAUAAGCUUUUGAAAAUAAAGACUUCUAUAUCCUUUUUUCAUUUCAUCGAACAUACUUUGUUAUCCAUAGGGUGUGACCAAUCAAUCAGAUCAUGACCCUUUGGAUAGGAAUAAUUCACAAGCUGGCCUUGAAUGGCCUUCUUCGCCAAGGGUUUCGGGGUCUACGGGAUAGAUUAUCAGUCAGAUAGGGCUAUGACCCGUGAAAAGGACCUCUCUUGAAUGAAGAGAUCUUCAAAAAUCCUUGAAAGAACUGGCGUGGAGCUUCUCGCACUUUGAGACACGCCGUCGAAGUAUCGCAUUUCGUGGAUCCUCGUUUUCUAGCCACAUAUAGUCAAUUUAACGCCGGGAUUUCCCGCCAGUUCUUCGUCACAUCCGUUUGAAGUCUGAGGGACAACUAUAAACUCGAAAAGUGGCUCUUCUAGCUCUGCUUUUAAUUAGCCUCCUUAUGUAGCGGUCCGACUGAUUUUGCGAAAAGUUAAGAGAACCAAUUAUUAGCCUCGCUACACUGCUGCCGCUACUGAAAAAUAAAUUUCAAGCAGAUUCAGAUUAUAUUGCCGCAUGUCAGAGUUGAACCUCUCGCAAAACGAUCAUAUUCAAAGUUUCACUGUGAGCAAGAAAUCUUUUGCUCUAUUUUUAUUUCUGCCUCUUCAGUCCACCAAAUCGGGCGCUCACCAAAAUCAACUUUCAAUUUAUACAAACAAGAUGUGAAACUUAAGGAUCCUGAAAACUAUAUUUUUUCAAGCCUCCUAUCCACUUCCUCUAACGUGUGAAAUAGAGCUUCCUGGGUUCAAAGAGAUCAUGAAAACCUGUACGAUUUCCAGGCUUGAGGCGCCGGGGCGGCUGGAAGGAGGAGGAGGAGCAGAAGAAGUGAAGAUCAGAAGACGUGAAGCGCAGAGGACGUGAGGAGCAGAAGAAGUGAGGAGCGGACGUCGUCGAGAUGGCGUCCGUCGCUGCGUGGCUGCCGUUCGCCCGUGCCGCCGCCAUCGGCUGGGUGCCCAUCUCGCGGCAGCCGAUGCCGCAGGCGCCCGUCGCCAUUCAGGUCCUUGUUUUCUUAUCAAGGCUCACUAGAAGUAAGGUCCGAAUGUGCGACCUAUUGUUCAUGAAUGGCUAAGCUACAUAUUUGAUAACUGCGCCCAGUUUCUUGAAGCCGUACUCUGAAAAUGUUCUUUAUUCAACUUUUCUGUACGAGUUUGUACAUAAAAAGUUUUCAAUUUCUUUUCCAAAAACUCAUACAAAGCCGACCUUUAAUGGAGUCUAAACGGUGGAAAGAGAUUUGCGUCAGACGUAAAAACUUUUUAAAAAAAUCUUUUUGUAAAAACAUCAGAAAUAAAACAAGAGCUAUCAAAGUGUGACGAAGUUUAAUUUGGACUUAAGUUAUAUUUUUCUUGAAAAUACCCCUACAUUAGAGUUUUUCAUUUUUUUCGUCAUUUUUAUUGGAUAAUUUCUUUCAAAGUUGAAAGUUCUGAAAUGAGAAAAAAAAAAAUCACAUAGAGGAACAUGAUUUCAAAGUUUGGAGCUGCCACUGCGAAAACAGCCAAGUUUAUCGAUAUUUUUCUUCCAGUAGAAACAUAUGGCUACCCUUAUGACGCCAUUAUGAAGGCCAAAAGUCAAGUAAUUAGAGCCAGCCAGGAUAGUUGAAGGCGCCACGCGGACAAGUUUGAAAUCCCUUUCAUAAUUUCCAUUCCAUUUAUCUGUUGAUUAUCCAAGAAGGAAAUUUUUUGAGUUGAUAAAAUAGAUAGAAAGAACUGAAAAAAAAUUUCAAUUUUUAUUGUCACUCGCUAUGUGCGCGUUAAUCUCGAGAAGUUACUUUCAUCGAUAAUUUUCAUAGCCAAAUUUGCGCUCGGAUAAUUUUGAUCAUGGACUACACGAUAACUAAGUUUUAAUUCCUUCACUGAAUGAACCACUAAACAGAGCUAUUCGGUCGAUUUUAUCGCCGUUCGCAGCUAAUUCGCGGUACUCACGCGUGUCUUGUUACAGCCGUUCGGCUUUUGCUUCAUGUGCGAUGACAUCUGUUCUCUUUUUAUCCGACACUUCCUGUCCGGAGAUAUUUCCCGGCAACAAUUUUCGGCCUCUCGGCAAGUUUUGCCUUGAGAAACCUGUGCGUCUAGCUCAAAAAAGGCAUCAAAGAUGUGAUAACAUUUUCGGUUCAAAGAUCUUUGUUUUAAAAGUUAUGUUGCUCAACUGAUGAUAUCAGUUUCGCUGCUUUGAAACUAGACCCGAGGUCGACAGCAAAAAACAGCACCUUCACAACAAAAAAACGAGAGAUUUUGCACUUUCAGCUAGAAAGUUUUCUUUUGAUACAUAUUUUUUUACCAUAAACAUUUUCGAAAGAAGGUUUGAAAUACCAUGUAAAACGUUAGAAUCCUCAAAGAAAAACUUCUGAAAAUUUUCCCUUUUUUAAAAUUUUUGAUCAACUUUUCAUUUCAUUUUUCAGGAACUCAAGUUAAUCUUUGCGAUUAAUCGAUAAACCAACCGAAAUCAAUCUUAUUUUCGUUUUCAGGCAAAGGACUUGGCGGUGGAUCAUGUUUCGGAUGAGAAAUUGGCGAUCAACAUCUCCGGGAGGCGAUUCGAAACGUGGAAAAAUACCCUGGAAAAAUUCCCCGAAACCCUUCUCGGCUCCAAUGAAAAGGUUAAUUCACUGCAGAAUUUCAAGAUACUGAAUACAAAUUCGAAUCAUAUGAAGCAGUUUAUUUUUAAAUUAUUUAAUAUCACCUUUUGAUAACAUUUCACCUGUGCUUCACCUGUGCUACACUGUGUCAUAACCUAUAAUGCUUGCUUUACCACUUACUUAUUUUACCUUUGUGCAAUCCUCACCUCUUAUUCUUUCAUUACUGGCUCAGAGGCUCGGGAGGGCCUCAAGUGCCUUUUAUUUAUUUAUUUCAGCCUAAUGCCAAUUUUUUCUCUUUUUUUUCUGUACAUGUUAUUUUGUUCUGCCUGUAAAUAAAUAAUAUUAUUAAAACAUUAUUUUGUUUACAGGAAUUUUUCUACGACGAGGACACGGGAGAAUAUUUUUUCGACCGAGAUCCUGAUAUUUUUCGCCACAUUUUAACUUUCUAUCGGACCGGGAAGUUACACGUUCGUUUUUUUAUUCUUCUAUUUUUUUUUGUUUUUACUGAAUUAUUUCUCGUUUCAGUACCCUCGACACGAGUGCCUCGUCGCCUACGAUGAAGAACUUUCCUUUUUUGGCAUUAUGCCAGAUCUCAUUUCCGACUGCUGUUAUGAAGAUUAUAAGGUAUAAUUGAAGGAUUCUCCCAUCUUUUUUGAAUUCUUUCAAAUGAAGGGCUAGUAGGUUUUCGUAAUUUAGAUUUAUACGAUUCUCUAGUUGCUUCCCACCUGCGUGCGACUAGACUUGAAGGAAAUGUUAUACAGGGAGAUUUAAAAAUUUUCAGAUAAGCUCUUGAACUGUGAAAAAGCCCAAAAAGAAUUCAUAUUUUUCGGCCAUUCAUGGAAGCUGUGGUUGGCAUCGAGAAGUGAAAAAAGAACCGUUUAUAUCAGCAAAAAGCCUCUUCCAAAAGCCACUUUUAUCACUUUAAAAAUAUAUUUAACAAAAUCAAGUUUCUGAUUGUUUGGACAAGUCUUUUGAGUCAAGCCGAGUCGAUCUGGAAGUUUUUUCGCUGGGGCUUUUUCUCCAAAAUGAAGCAAUCAUGUUGUGAUAUGAGUUUUUUUUGAUAAGUCGAAAAAAAAGCUGAUUUACAGGACAAGAAGCGCGAGAAUCAGGAACGUCUUCUGGAAGAGCGUCUGGAGACGACGGAGAAGAGCAACGUUCAGCAGACGUUGCAGCAGAAGAUGUGGGCCGCUUUCGAGAAUCCGCACACGUCUUCCAUCGCCCUCGUCUUCUACUACGUCACCGGCUUCUUCAUCGCCGUCUCCGUCCUCUGCAACAUCAUCGAGACCAUUCCUUGCUGGUCAGCUCUGUUUUCCUUUUUUUCUUUUUCAUUGUUCAAAAACAAACUUCUGUGGAUAACAUGUGCUUUUUGAUUUAUAAGUUGUUACCAAGGUGUUCUUUUAAGAGUAAAUUAUUUUGAAAAGUAUUUUCUAGGUACGUCAACGACCAAGCUGUCUCCUGUGGAGACGCCUAUGAAAAACAGGUAAUCUAUCCUCAUUUUCAUUCCGAAAAUUAUCUUCUUUCAGUUUUUUGUGCUUGACACGGCUUGUGUCAUUAUUUUUACGAUAGAGUAUCUCUUACGGUUAUAUGCAGCUCCAGACAGGUGUCGCUUUUUGAGGUUUGAGCCGAUUAAUGAUUUAUUGAAUGAAAACCGCUCCGAAAAGAGCUUGCCAGUCAAUAUAGUCGAAAAGGAUUGAUCUUUCCAUUCAGGUCAAUAAUGAGCGUGAUCGACGUCGUGGCGAUUCUGCCGUACUACGUCGGCCUCGGCCUCCAGAAUAACAAGGACGUCUCCGGGGCUUUCGUCACUCUCCGAGUUUUUGUGAGAUAUUUCCAUUCAAUAAAACAACGAUUGACGCACAUAAAUCCCGAUGGACCACAUUAAAAUGAUGCACCCGGGAUGCUCACGUAAAAAUAAGAGCAGUUGUUUGACCGUGGAGGCUCCUAUCAACCGCACGUCGGCGCCACCGAUCUCCGUUAUUUUUUAUUCGACGUGGGCGAAAAAUGUCGCUUUGACAGAUUCUUUGAGAUCUGAGAAUGGGAUAAUAUCAAAUUUAGUUCGGUUUUGAACUUGUGAGGGCUGCGAAUAUGUUAGAAACUGUUGAAAAAGAGAAGUUUUGACUUUAAGAUACUCUGAGGAAAAUACAUGGUAUGAACUCGUUUUUUUUUCUUCCUUUUCCUGUUGUUUUUUAGCACAAAAAGUUUGAUAUAUACGAUAGAGUUAAAGAAGUUUAAAUUUUUUCAAAAGCACGCGAAAAAUUAUAGUUGAAUUCUCCGGGUGUUUUUUGAAAAGUUUAGUGGAAAGUUUUCGUAAACCAAUAUCAUCAUUUGAGAAAACUUUUUUUAAUAUCCGUAAAUGACUGGAUUUACUUUUUUUGAAUCAUCAUUCUGUUCAAGUUUAAAAAAAUAAAAAAAGGUUUUCAAUUUGCUCUAUAACAAUGUGAAUCAAAAAUUUCAGCGAGUUUUCCGGAUCUUCAAGUUCUCGCGCCACUCGCAAGGUCUUCGGAUAUUGGGGUACACGUUGAAGUCGUGCGCCUCAGAACUGGGGUUCCUCGUUUUUUCCUUGGCGAUGGCCAUCAUCAUCUUCGCUACCAUCAUGUACUAUGCUGAGAAAAAGGUAUUUUUGUUGGGAGAGUAGGAAAAGUUGAGAAAAACUUCCAAUUGGUAAAAAAAAAGACCAUUCGGGACCUUUUAAAGAAAUUUUUGGAUGAAAUAAAUGGAAGCUUUUCAAAAAGUUCGUAUAGCAAUAAAAAAACGAAAGCUUGAAAUGCGAUAAAAUUAGGAAGAGGAAGGAAAUUCGGGUUUAUUGUUGAUAAAAAUUUUUUUUUCUUGUUGGAAUAAAUUAAUCAGUCCAGGUUAUUUUUUUCCAGGUGGAAAGUACACGAUUCACAUCAAUACCAUCAGCUUUUUGGUACACUAUCGUAACGGUGAGUUUCCAAUUUUUUAUAAAUUUUAACGAUUUUAAGAGCGUGUUUUUGUGGACUUUUUUGUGAAUUGCAGUUAACGACACUAGGUUACGGUGACAUGGUUCCAUCUACAGUGAUGGGAAAAAUCGUGGGAGGAAUUUGCUCGCUUUCCGGAGUUUUGGUGAUCGCCUUGCCAGUUCCUGUAAGUUUUUUUUUCACAAUUUUCUCAAUAUUUCGAAGAUUUCUCGUCAGUUUUCACAACAACUAAUAAAUAAUCACUUCCCAUUCUGAAAAAAAAAAACUUUAUUGCUCAAUUUUCAGGUGAUCGUUAGCAACUUUUCGCGGAUUUACCAUCAAAACCAACGAGCAGAUAAGCGUCGGGCGCAAAAGGUUUUUCUUUUGGUCGAUCUAACAUGAGCAACGGAGGGCUUUGCAGAAGGCAAGAUUGGCGCGCAUUCGAAUCGUGAAGAACGCGUCGGGUCAAGCGUUGUUCAACAAGAAGAAAGCGCACGAAGCCCGGAUGCAGGCCUUCGAACAAGGUCUGAAAAGUCUUCAAAUAUAAGUCUAUAAAAGUUCAGCUUGAGAAAUUCGCUCAAUAAAAAAAAAUUAAAGAAAACUUACAAAGGGAGCCAUUUUUGGGAAAACUGAGAAAUUUUCCAGAAAUUCUCUGAGAUUAAGGUCAGCAUUUUUUCAGGCCUAUACCCUGUGUUGAAUGCGGACUUCCAAAAUUCUUAUUUUAAAAUCUUCAAAAAACCGGAUCUUACACUGAGAAAUUUUGUUUUUGAUAAAUUUUCCGAAAAAUAUUAUGUUUCAUACUAAAAAUAGGUCCUUCGUGAAAAAAAAAAAUGUUACUCCUCAGUUUCCAGCAUUGAGUUUCCAGGAUUCUAGAGCAACAAGAAUAAGGUCUGAGGAAAAUGCCGUUAAAUAUGGAAGAAUCCAUGAACAAAUUUUUUGUUUUGCCUUGAAAGAAAAUUUUUUGUAAACCUAUCUCAAAUAUGAUGGCCCUGAACACAUUAUCGUCAUGAAAUAACGCGUGAAAUGGACUUUGACCUUUUGAGGUCUGCUGAGCUUCGACGCACUGCGAGACGAAGACAUUUUCGAGAUACAACAUCACCACUUACUACAAUGUCUCGAAAAAGCCACGGUUAGUUGUACUUUUUCUUUUCCAACGCCGUGGAAUAAUUAAUGAAAACUCUGCGAACGAUCUCAUUUUCUUACACAGUUUUCUUUGUCAAAUAUAGGCGACUCGAUUACGCCGACACUACUCGGGAAAAAAAAGAAGUUUCUUAGAGACUUACCCAACUUUCACUCGAAACGGGUUCUCGCGGCUUUUUCUCACCCAUGAUUACACCAUUGAAACAUAAACGGCAAUAUUUAGGACCCUAUCGUUACCACCGGAAAUGAAUAAAAUAAUUUUAAAAACAGCAAAUAUGAUAAAAUCUUCUUUUAGGAAACAUGAGACGUUAAUAACCAAAUUUGCACUGAGAAAAAUAAAAAAAUAUUUUUCUGAAGUUUUGAAAAAAAGCGAUCCCUGCGCAGCUGAAUAAACCACCAUAAUUUCUGUAGCAUUCAAUUUGAAGAUAUUUCAGUUUCAUUUUUAAACACAGAUGAUUAUAACAAAAUGUAUGUUAAAAGAAUAAAAAUAACUUUUCGUCAAGCAUAUGGAAGCUUUUAAUUUCGCUUUUUUCAAAACGAAUAUUUCUAUAAUUCCGUUUUAAAAUUAUUUCCGCGAAAUUCAAAAGUAGUUUUGACUUUCAAAAAUUCAGUUAUCCUUUUCGCUCUCUGCCGGUUAUUUUGAGGUACGCGGAAUCAAUUUAAACACGGCAUGAAGUUUUGUGGACUUUAGAAUUGAGCAUCUAUUACAAAAGUUUGAUUACUUGAAUGAGUAGGAAAAGUUUAGGAAAGAGAGUUCGUAGAAGCUGACGUCGCUUUCGAAGGAGGUCGGAGCACGCCGCCAAUCAGCGAAUCUUCUUCUUUAAAAGGACCUCGCGCCAAAAGAAAACGGAAACUGUCAGUUCAUUCUCUUCUAUAAAAUUAAAAGUUAUGUUUUUGACUUCCUAAUUUAAGAUGCUGUGUAUCACAAGAAGACGAAGUUGAUGAAGAUCGGAGAGAAUCCCACGUCACUUUCAACCAAAAUCUGAACCAGGUAGUUUUUACCUGUUUCAAAUCGUGCAAAAAAAGUUCAGAUUCGCGAAACGACGCCGGAAGAGAACGAUCGGCACGAUAAGAUCUGCGUCUCGCAACUGUGA